AUGGCGGCGACGAGCCACCUCGCUGUUGCUGGUGACAGCGAGGCUGCCGGCGCGUGGGCUGGCAGGCUGGAGCGCAUCUGGAAUGGACAGUCUUCGAGGAUCCGACGCUACAUGGCGCCUACCCAGAAGCAGGUCAAGACGCGGUUUGAUGGGUGGGCUGAUGGUGUUGUAGAGGAGUAUGAGCGCACAAGCACGGAUAAUAUGAGGGGGGAAUACAGGCUUGGGUGCUUAAGGCGCAGGCGGCGGCGCCCGCGGAAUGGCGUUGAUUCUGAGGACGAGGAAGAAGAAAUUUUCGAAGACGAGGAUGAGGAUGAGGAUGAGGAUGAGGAUGAGGAUGAGGAUGAGGAUGAGGAUGAGGAUGAGGAUGAGGAUGAGGAUGAGGAUGAGGAUGAGGAUGAGGAUGAGGAUGAGGAUGAGGAUGAGGAUGAGGAUGAGGAUGAGGAUGAGGAUGAGGAUGAGGAUGAGGAUGAGGAUGAGGAUGAGGAUGAGGAUGAGGAUGAGGAUGAGGAUGAGGAUGAGGAUGAGGAUGAGGAUGAGGAUGAGGAUGAGGAUGAGGAUGAGGAUGAGGAUGAGGAUGAGGAUGAGGAUGAGGAUGAGGAUGAGGAUGAGGAUGAGGAUGAGGAUGAGGAUGAGGAUGAGGAUGAGGAUGAGGAAUGA